AAUGGGAGCGCUCGCCAUGAUCGCACCCGCCAAUGGGAGCGCCGGCCGCGGGGAGCGCUGGGAGGGCCGCUCAGAGCGGAAGGGCCGCGCAGCGGAGCUGGGAGCGCAGCGAUGCCGGACCGCGACAAUGAGCCGUUCUCCAACCCCCUGGCCCCCGAGGGCCACGAUGUGGACGACUCGCACUCCUUCCACCAGUCCAAGCUGACCAAUGAAGACUUCAGAAAGCUUCUCAUGACCCCGCGGGCUGCGCCAACAUCAGCGCCACCCUCCAAAUCUCGCCACCAUGAGAUGCCCCGGGAGUACAAUGAGGAUGAAGAUCCAGCUGCUCGCAGGAGGAAGAAGAAAAGUUACUACGCCAAGCUGCGGCAGCAGGAGAUCGAGCGCGAGAGGGAGCUGGCCGAGAAGUACCGGGACCGAGCCAAGGAGAGGAGGGAUGGAGUGAACAAGGACUACGAGGAGACAGAGCUGAUCAGCACCACUGCCAACUACAGGGCUGUGGGGCCCACGGCUGAGGCGGAUAAAUCUGCUGCAGAGAAGAGGAGACAGUUGAUCCAGGAGUCCAAGUUCUUGGGUGGUGACAUGGAGCACACUCACUUGGUGAAGGGUCUGGACUUUGCUCUGUUGCAGAAGGUGCGGGCUGAGAUUGCCAGCAAGGAGAAGGAAGAGGAGGAAAUGAUGGAGAAGCCCCAGAAAGAAACUAAGAAAGAUGAAGAUCCUGAGAACAAAAUUGAAUUUAAGACCCGGCUGGGCCGCAACAUUUACCGCAUCCUGUUCAAGAACAAGACUUACGAGCGGAACGAGCUGUUCCUGCCGGGCAGGAUGGCCUACGUGGUGGAUCUGGACGAUGAAUAUGCCGACACCGACAUCCCCACCACGCUGAUCCGCAGCAAGGCUGACUGCCCCACCAUGGAGGCCCAGACCACGCUGACCACCAACGACAUCGUCAUCAGCAAGCUCACGCAGAUCCUCUCCUAUCUCAGACAAGGCACCCGCAACAAGAAGCUCAAGAAGAAAGACAAAGGGAAGCUGGAUGAGAAGAAGCCUCCUGAAGCUGAUAUGAACAUCUUUGAAGACAUCGGGGAUUAUGUGCCCUCCACUGCCAAGAUGCCACGGGACAAGGAACGGGAGAGGUACCGGGAGAGAGAGCGUGACCGGGACCGGGAGCGAGACCGGGAGCGAGACCGGGACCGGGACCGCGAGAGGGACCGGGAGCGGGACCGGGAACGUGAGGAGGAGAAGAAGAGGCACAGCUACUUUGAGAAGCCCAAGGCUGAUGAUGAGCCUACAGACAUCGAUAAAGGACCUGGCUCAGCCAAGGAGCUCAUCAAGUCCAUCAAUGAGAAGUUUGCUGGAGCUGCUGGCUGGGAGGGAACAGAGGCUUUGAAGAAGCCAGAAGACAAGAAGCAGCUGGGAGACUUUUUUGGCAUGUCCAACAGCUAUGCUGAGUGCUACCCUGCCACAAUGGAUGAUAUGGCUGUGGACAGCGAUGAGGAGGUGGACUACAGCAAAAUGGAUCAGGGUAACAAGAAGGGGCCUCUGGGCCGCUGGGACUUUGACACGCAGGAGGAGUACAGCGAGUACAUGAACAACAAAGAGGCUCUGCCCAAGGCAGCCUUCCAGUACGGCAUCAAGAUGUCUGAGGGGCGCAAGACGCGCCGCUUCAAGGAGACCAAUGACAAGGCGGAGCUGGACCGGCAGUGGAAGAAGAUCAGUGCGAUCAUUGAGAAAAGGAAGAAGCUGGAGGCUGAUGGGGUUGAGGUGAAACGUCCCAAGUACUGAUUUCUCCUGAGUUUCUUCCUUCCUCUCCUGGAAUCGUGGCCUGCUGGGAGCUGCCUUCCUGGAGCCUGCUGGUGUGCUGUCCUUGCUUCACACACCGUCCACUCUCUGCUCAGGGCUGGGGGCUCUUCCCUCCCUCUGUUCUUUGCUGUAGAGCCUGUGCUGUGUAAAUGUUGUAGCCUUAAUAAAACCUCAUUAAAUUUG